AUGAAGAUCAUGAGCAAAGACUUUCGCCUCCAAGACGUCACCGUCAUGUACUUCACCGCGCUGGCCGCCCUUAUGGUCAUCCUGGUGGCCUCCUACCAGGCUCCCUCCCACGUCACCGUGGUGGAGGCGUCCCGCCCCGACUCUGCUCCGGCGCCGCUCGCUCUCCCCAUGCCCUUCCGGGUGCUGCUGGACCCGCUCGGGCACCUCCAACUGGCAUGGAACAUCAGCUACGCCCGCCAGGAAGUCUACAUGGAGCUGAAGGUGACAGAGUUGAAGCACGGCGUAGUGUUUGGUAUGUCGGACCGAGGAGAGCUGACCCACGCUGACCUGGUGCUUCUUUGGAAUUCUGGAAGCCAAAGUUACUUCGGGGAUGCUUGGAGCGACGGCGAGGGCAAGGUGACGUUGGACAGUCAACAGGACUACGAGCUGAUAGAAGCUAAACGCAAGGCCGGAGGCUUCUACUUGCUCUUCAAGAGACCCUUUAGCACCUGUGACCCCAGAGACUAUCUCAUUGAGGAAGGAACAGUGCAUGUCAUCUACGGCAUAUUGGAUCAACCACUCGACUCACCGGAGCAGCUCAAUCUGUCGCGCAUCGACAUGGGCCUUCAACGUAUCUUGAUGCUACGUCCCGACACACCGGCCCCCACGCUUCCCCCCGAUGUGCAGACGCUAGAUGUGGUGGCACCCGAUGUCAUCAUCCCAAAUCAGGAGACGACCUACUGGUGCUCCAUUCACACGCUGCCCGAAAACAUGGCCGAGAACCACAUCGUCAUGUAUGAGUCGGUGAUAACAACAGGCAACGAGGCCAUCGUGCAUCACAUCGAGGUGUUUGAAUGCUCGCCGGACGACGGCGACGUACCCCAAUACAGCGGCUCGUGCGAAAAUAAGAUGGUGCCGGCCAAACUCAAUUUCUGCCGCCACGUUCUGGCCGCGUGGGCCAUGGGCGCUGAGGCGUUUUACUACCCUCCUGAUGCAGGUCUUCCUAUUGGUGGUCCAGGCUCCUCGAGGUUCCUUCGGCUGGAAGUCCAUUACCACAACCCUCUGCUUAUAUCUGGCAGACGUGACUCAUCGGGGAUAAGGUUACAUUACACCCCCAGUUUGAGGCGCUACGACGCCGGGAUCAUGGAGCUGGGCCUGGUCUACACGCCCAUCAUGGCCGUCCCACCUAAACAACACAACUUCUAUCUCACCGGCUACUGCACUUCCAAGUGUACACGCACUGCUCUGCCUCGAGGUGGCAUCUUUAUAUUCGCGUCCCAGCUGCACACUCACUUGGCAGGCCGUGGGGUGCGCACUGUUUUGGUGAGGGGGGGCAAAGAGAUAGAGAUUGUACAGGAGGAUCAACACUUCAGCACACACUACCAGACUAUACGAGUUCUGAGGAAGAUGGCAAACGUUUUACCAGGUGAUGUUCUCAUAACAAAGUGUACUUAUAACACAGAAGACAGGGAGAAGCCCACAGUGGGUGGUUUCGGAAUCAUGGAGGAAAUGUGUGUCAACUACGUCCACUACUAUCCUCGCACUCAGCUGGAGCUGUGCAAGAGCCACGUGGACCUGGAUCACUUGCAGAAGUACUUCAGCUUCAUUAACAGAUUCCAGGGUAAGGAUCAGUGUGUUUGCGGCAAUGACGAUGUGACCGAACAGUAUUCCGGACUACAGUGGGACGGCUUCGCUACGCAAGUGCUGGACUCGCUUUAUAAUACGGCGCCCAUCUCCAUGCACUGCAACCAGUCCACCGCGCGGCUCUUUCCUGGAGAAUGGAAUAAACAGACGCUACCGGUUGUGACCUCCCCCUUGAAAAAGUCCCCUUACCCAUGUAAGGUCAGAGCACGCGCCACUAGUAGCCCAGAUUUACCUGACCGUCUGAGCCAGUUUGGUCUCCUCUGA